AUGGCUUUACAGGACCUGUGCAAUUUCCAGGACAUCUUUCUGGACAGUAUAACCACCGAAUGUUCUUCAGUGCCUUUUGGAAAGAAGACUGGCUGUAACUAUGUGAGUGGUUUGCCCUUUAGCAGUAGCACAAGUCUGUUUAAUUUUUAUAUUCCAGUUGCAGAGUACCUGGGUGAAAGUCCAAUACAGUUUGGGCAAAUCAACACCGUCCAAAGCUCCAGCACCGUCUCAUCUCAAGACUCCAUUUUACCAUCCCUCUCCUUGCCCUCUCAGUCUGUCCCUCUGCCUUUUCCCAUGUCUCAUGGCACCACCACCCUGGCUUUCAUGUUUCAGGGCGGAGUGUUGGCUGCAGCAGACACUCGUUCCAGUUGCUCUGGGCUUGUGGCAUGCCCAGCCUCCCAGAAGAUCGUGCCCAUUCACAGUCAUUUGGUGGGUACUACUUCAGGUACUUCAGCCGACUGUGCCCUUUGGAAACGGAUUCUAGCUCGAGAACUGCGGCUCUACCAACUCCGCCACGGCCGACGGUUGUCCACAAGCGGAGCUGCCAAAUUGCUUUCCCACAUGCUUCACCCGUUUAAGGGAACUGAGCUGUGUGUGGCUGCAACGUUGUGUGGGUGGGAUGGAGGAGAGGUAGAUGACCACGGAGGUGCAAAGAUUGAUCUCAGUGGUCGUAUAGAAACAACAAAGAAUCAAAAGACUGAUCUUGGAAAGUCUGCAGAUACCAGUCUUGACAAGACCUCUCUGGCAAAGAUAAAGAGUCAGAACUCUUCUUCAGCAAUUGGUGGACAACAGUGCUUUGCCAGAAAGAAAGUGAGUUUCUCUGGACCCAGUCUGUACUAUGUGUGCAGUGAUGGUACUCGGCUGCAGGGAACGCUCUUCUCUGUGGGUUCGGGAUCACCCUAUGCCUACUCAAUUUUGGACCAAGGGGUUCAAUGGGGACUGACAGUGGACGAGGCCACAUCAAUAGCCAGAGAGGCUGUAUACAGAGCCACACACAGGGAUGCAUACUCAGGAAACUGUGUAGACAUCUAUCACAUCUCCUCAAAAGGAUGGACUCGCAGGAGCAGAGAGGAUUUGAAAGAGGAAUAUUACAGAGAAAAGGAAAGACAAGAGAGAAGAGGAAGACAGGACGUAACUCUGUCUGAGUAAAGACAUGAAACAAACAAAAAUGGCAUGAGAAAAGAAAGGCAAACAUUGGGGAGUAUUUUGGAGAGACGUGAUGGCAUCUUUGCAGCAGAUACUAAAUUAAUGAACAGGACAGGCAGUUGCAUCCUCCAGGCUAUUUCUCAAAUGAUUUGGGCAUGCAUAUCGUUCCCUGUAAUAAACAGCUGAUGUUUUGUUUGCGCUGAUGAUAAAAUGUAUUCUAACAGCACACUGCUGGCUGGCAUUUCGAUUUAGACGUUAAAACGUUAUGAAUCAUUUCAAGUAUGUGAGAUAAAUACAACUUAUUCCUGCAUGUGCUUGAAUCGCAUAAACACAGAGAGAAGCAAAAAAGGACUAGAGUGAAUAGUCUAAAUAAUCUAAAUGUCUGGAGUCUGAAGGUCAUAAUCUAUUGCUGUG